AUGUCGGAACGAAACGGAGGAUCCGGAAGCGAACGGUCGCAAAAGUUCCGCCAAAGUUUCUUGCGAGAGAAUAACAACAGCGAAAAGAAUAGCAACAACAGCAAUAACAACACCGCGGGGUGGAAACGAGAGCGAAUCAAACUGUACGAGAAACGAUUCCGAAACGAGAAAGAGGAUUUGGAGGAGGAUUCGGAGACGAAUUCGUCUCUGUUCGGGUGGUCGAUUUUCAACAGGAGCGGGCAUUUUCGAACGACGACGAAGAGCGGUUUUGAGGGCGAGAACAACGGGAGUGGUAAGUAUUCUUCCCGGACGGCGGCGGCGGAAAAGGCGUCGAAGAGAGUUGUUGGCGGCGGAUCGAGAUGGAUUGGGAAUUUUCACAAGUACGGCUCGCAUUCCGGAGCUGGUGGUGAUGGUGGUGAUGGUGGUGGUGGUGGUGAUUCGACGACGCCGAGGUCUCCGUUGGGUUCGUCGUCCUCCCCUUCUUCCGUGGGCGGCGGGACGAAGUCGUCGUCGAUUUCGUCGCCGAGGUUAGCCGGGAUCGAAGAAGACGCCAUACACAAUUUUAUCGACGAGGAGGAGGAGGAUUUGCUUUUUGUGGAAGGUAGAGAAACUAUGAAUAACACGAACGAGAAUACAAGGACGAAGAAAUCUUUGUUGCGACCGCCGACCGGCGGCGGCGCCGGGGGAUCGUCCUCGCCGAGAGAGUCGGACGGGAAAACGUCUUCAAAAUCGGUCACGUUUGGUUUGCCGAAGACGAUGAGCGAGAAAGAGCAGAAACGAUACGAGCGAAAGAGAGCGAAAGAGAUGUCCAAGUAUUUAGAAGAAACGACGAAAGCUUUGUAUAGCGAGGAGGAUCUAAAUCAAAACGAUGGCGACGAUAAGAGUUCAUAUUUUUCCUCCUUGUUCUUCCGAGAUUUUGACGGUUCGUCGGGCUUUGGGUGCCUCCCGAGAACGGCGGUCGUGUUCGCGAUGAUAGCGAAAGGUUCGUUUGCGUUUGGCGGCGUUUCAUACGCUUUGUUCGAUCCGAGAGGGAAUGCAAAAGUCUUUGGCGAUAUAGAUAACGAAGACGACGGGAAUGACAACGCGUUUCGAGCGAUUGCUUUAUUUGGAGGCGUUCUCGGGGCGAUUUUGAGCGGGUAUUUGUCCGAUCACGCGAUUGGGAGGAAAACCGUGCUAUCGCUUUCUCCCGGCAUAGCGGCGUCGUUGUGGUCGUUUUUCUUUGGCGUGAGUAAUUCAAACGGUUCGCUGUGCGACGCCCCACCGUUCGUGCCGGUAUUAUUCGCGUGCUUGUCUGGUAUGACGUGCGCGUCGUGGUACUCGGUCGCGCCUGUGUUGUUGGCGGAAACGGCGCCGGCGCAGAUUCGAGGACGCGCGUUUGUUCUGUGCAUUGGUUUAGCAUCUAUUUUAGGCGCGUUCACGAUUGGCGAGAUACUCAAAUUGAUCCAACCAGACGACGGUUCGAGCGAUAAGUUCUAUGUCGUUUUGCUAGUUCUUGCAUUCAUGGUCACGUGCAUGGGCACGUUUAUCGCCGCGAUUGAAUCGCCCAGAUGGCUCCUGUCCAGAGGCAGAGUCAUCGACGCGCAACACUCGUGCGCGAAAAUGAACGGCUCCAACGCUAUUGAUUCGUUGCAUGAAAUGCAGGACAUCAAAACAGAUUUAGAUCGAACGUCGCCGGAAGGUAGCACCUCGCGAUUUCUCUGGUUCGACUUAAUCUCAAAGACGAAACUUUCGUUAGCGACGAUCGUGUGUUCCUGCUUGAUCGUGAUUCAAACCUUUGGCACGUCUUCAUUCUAUAUGUUCACGUAUGAUGAAACGGAUGAAGUGGUGAACAACGCGUACUUGUACGCGUAUUUAUCCAUGCUCGUUGGCAUAGUCGUAUGCGCGUUUCGGGUGGACGAAACGAAGAGCGGCGGAUUUCUACCGCGCGGACGCAAAAGUUUGCUCGUGGCGUCUUUUUUCAUUUUGGCGUUGGCGAACGGCGUGCGGUUCAUCGUCGCCGUCGUGGACGAUGACGGUGAUAUCGACGAGGACAGUGUGAAGGAUGUGAAAUCGUCCGUAAUUGUAUUCUGUAACUGCUUCGGCGCGUUUGGGUACGGCGUCGGCGCUUCUUUUCUACCGUUACUCUUUGCCUCGGAGUGGUUUCCCCAACACGCGAGACAAGCCGCGGUGGCGUCCGCCGCCGCGUUUAUGUACGGCGUAUUCUUACUCGCCAGCAUCACCGAAGAAGCCACGAUGAAGUUACUCGGAGACAUUCUCGUCUUCCUCGUCAAAGCGAUCGUCUGUGUCUUGGGCGUCGUCGUCGCUUUGUACAGCGUCCACGACCCUUCCAACUUCACCUUGGAGAUGGCGCUGUACUCGGAAUCCGGCGGGAAUCUUAUCCGUGACGAGAACGAAUACCCCGACGACGACGACGUGGAAAAAAACAGACAAAGUAGUAAUAAAAAAGCCUACGAGGCUCUCGUAGACCACGCGAGAAACGCGCCGAGGUAUUCCAGUUCCGGCCAAAGUUUGCCGCUUCGAGUCAAAACGGGCGAAAGGUCGCCCGGCACGUACCCGAAAACUACCAUAACCGGCGAAGCGACGCCAACCGCGACUGGGUACUUAGAAGUUACCGUGGACGGCAAUUUAGUGCACUCGAAAGAUAACGGUGACGGGUACGUGGAUAGCGCGGAGAAGAUGGAGAAGAUCUUGGAUGCGGUGGAAAAAGGGAGUCGUUAA